CGGAAACAACUGCAACAAAUUCUAAACGAACAAAAUGCCCAUGCCCAGCAGUGCUUUUGGUCAACAAGGACCAUCAUGCUUUGAUAAAAUGAAAACUGGUUUCACAAUUGGUUUUUGUGUGGGUAUGGCCAGUGGAGCAUUGUUUGGUGGCUUUUCGGCCUUAAGAUACGGUUUGCGAGGCCGUGAACUUAUCAACAAUGUGGGCAAAGUUAUGAUUCAAGGUGGCGGUACAUUUGGCACAUUCAUGGCAAUCGGUACUGGUAUACGCUGUUGA